CCACUAGGAAGAAGUGGGGCGUGUCCAGGUAAAUGAUUCAGUCACCUGCUGUAAAGGAAGCGGAACGGACGGGAGAGAAUCCGGAGGAGAGGAACUAAGGGAGAUCUUUAAAUCUAAAAGGGUCACAGAAGAACCCUCGAACACCAGUGUCUGAAGCAGAUAAUGGAGCGCUACAGGUAUUUCAUCUUCAACCAGAAGGUGAUGGUGCUGUGGGGCAUCCUGCAGGUGGCUUGCUCAGGGCUUUGCGUGGUGUGCGGAUUUAUGGACGCGGUUUUCCGUCAGAGCACCACACUCAGCUCCACGAGAGCCCCGCUGUGGGCAGGACUGAUCAUGGCUGUCCCUGGUGUUUUGGCCCUGUUUGCCUCGCAGAGGAAAAACCCCAUCCUGGUGAAUGCCAUGAUCAUGUCCUCAGUGCUGUCUUAUUUUGCCACACUGAUUGUGCUGAUUUACGCUGGUGUGACACUGAGUUACGGAGAGGAGGAUGACGAGCUCUUCCACCCCCACCACAUCACUGAAGUGAAGUUCGUUCUGAGCCGAAUGGUGAAGGGAGCGAACAGCACCAUGGUUCUGGCAAGUGUCUGCUCACUGAUCUUCUCCUCCCUCAUCAUGUUGGUGGGCUGCCGCAGUCUGCCACUCUGUGGCUGCUUCGACUCGGUCACUGGCAUGGAGACACUGGUCCCUCAGAAUGAUCCAAGUGCUCCAACUGAACUGGUCUGCACCUGGCAUGGUGAGAACCCUCAUAUCAAAGCAGUAAAACCUGGACUGAAGAGUCCUGUUAAACCUCUAAUUAAAUUAAAUUCUAAAUACUAUCCUAGACCUGCGCAGCUUGUGACACUGCAAAAAAUGACAAAUCAAUCCAGAUGAGUCAGUACUAGUUCUAUCUAAUCACAUUAUUAUAAAUUAUUAUAAAUUAUUUCUAUCAGUAAUAAUAGUUUAUGCUAUGAAAACUGCAGAUGCAGAUGUAAACUGAAUAAUUAAUCACUACCAAAUUUACAGAGUCUGGUGAUGUAUUAUCGGUUUUAUUUAGUGGUAUAAACACAGCAUUAUUACUGUUAGGUUCAGAAAGUAGAUUACAUUUUAUUUUUAUUAUUUAUGCUGAAAUAUGGUUUAAAUCUCAUAACUAACUCACACUCACUCACUCAGUCCCUCACAGCUGCUGCUCCUCAUUAAAAAAACACAUACACAGUUUAAAAGAUUAUUGUUGUAAUUAAUCUGACUGGCAACUCCAAAAAAUCUGUAUCUC